AUGCAAGACACCUCCUCCAAACCUGAUGCUGCUGCGAUGACAGCCCAAAUAACCAGUCGCCCCACUGGUUCUUCGCUCGAAUCGUCGCCUUCGCAAUCUCAGGUCCGAGUCGGCGAACGGACCGGGACCGGGACCGGGACCGGGACCGGGACGUGCGAUUCCGGUGAUACAGCGACUUUGGCCGAGCCACCAAUUAGCCCGCCAUCAAUAAAGGAAAGGCUUCGGAUUGCAGUGGUCUGGAUUGGGCAGACGAUGCUGCACCAGUGGUUUCUGAUCGGGAUCGGGGUCGUGAUCGCGCUUGCUCACGUGAGUCAACUUCACCUACUUCACUCGGCGAGCUGCUUGCCGAGCAUGCCCGCGCACGUCUGGGAGCUGAUCACAUCCUCUUUUCAUUUUAUUUCAGUCGUUUCCGAACGUGGGGAGAGAAGGGGGUAUCGUCCACGCUCAGUGGUCCGUGAACGUGAGUCCAUGACCACAUGCUCCAGGGCUCAAAUUUUCAUCGUGGCGAGAUCUGAUCAAAGUCCAGCUUCUCGCAUCCCGCUGCACCACAGUACCUCCUCGUCGCGAUCAUUUUCUUUGUAUCCGGCCUCUCCCUCCCCUUGCAUAACAUUGUCAAGCGAUCGCGCGACUACAAGCUCCACCUCGUCACUCAAGCCUACAGCUUCCUCUUCUUCCCGACCGUAGUUUACGCGAUCGUGAAUAUUGUGCGAGCCGCGGACCCAACUUACACAAGAAUAAACGAGUGGGCUUUGGUGGGAAUGGUCGUCAUGGGGUGCGUGCCGACUACGGUCGUAAGUAUCACUGAAGCACUCUCACAGCGCGGCGUGAGAUUUGGCUCUAAUUCUUCGCUCGAUCCCGCUUCCCCCAUUUCCAGGCAAGUAACGUCGUGAUGACCGGUCAAGCAGGAGGCGACGAAUCCGCCGCGACGAUCGAGGUCAUCUUUGGCAACACCAUCGGCGUCUUCCUCACACCGGCUUUGCUGAGCGCUUUCAUGAGUGGGCCUUGGGCUUUUGGGGCACCCAGGGCUUCGGGCUCGGGCGGGACGGCGGAUAUUUAUCUGAAGGUUUUGAAGCAGGUGAGCAUCUUCAGCAUCGUUCCAGUUCGUUCCGUGAAGGCUGAAGAUGUUCAUCCGAACACAGCUCGGGUUCACCGUCUUCAUCCCCCUCGUCGUCGGUGAAGUGCUCCAAUCCACUUUUACCCACCAAGUCCAGUGGAUCCGGGCCCAUUGUCACCUCGCCAAAUUAUCAUCCUUAUGUUUGCUGGGUGUCAUCUGGUCCACAUUCUCGGGGGCGUUCUACGAGAACGUUUUCACUAAGAUUACGGGCGGUACAGUAGCCUUCAUCGUCUUGGUCGAUAGUGAGUCGAUACCGAUCUUUCGUAAGUGUCCCUUUCCUUGAAACGGCGAACUGACAAGGACCGUGCCCUCAACCCCACUCAGUCGGCCUCUUCGCACUCCACGCCCUCCUUCUCAUGCUCUUAGCAAGGCACACCCCAUUCCUACACCUCACACACUCCACCAAAUCGCGCUUUCUCCCAACCUUCUCCACCUCCUCCCCUCACGAAACCCUCUUUGACCCCUCGACAACCAUAGCGCUUAUAUUCCUCGGUUCAGCUAAAGGCGUCUCCUUAGGUGGUCCGAUCGCUUCGAUUUUGUAUGGGGCUGAAUCGGCGGAGCAUCAGAGUUUGGUCAAGCUACCUUUGGUGCUUUAUCAAGGAAGUCAAGUAGCGUUGGGGCAGGGGUUGGUUGUAAUCCUGCGCGCUUGGAAGAGGAGGAUUGAUAGGAGAGAUGCGGUGGCCUUGGCGGGGGAGAAGAAUGUGGAUGUAGAGGUGGUGGCGUCCAAAGGCGGGGAGAAGGAUCUAGAGAGCUCUCGUUGA